AGCGCCAAGCGGGUGCGCCACGCCGCCAGGGCCGCGCUGUGACUCAGAGAAAGCUGGCGGAGAAGAUCGAUGGCAGCAGGGAAAAGCCUGCCCGUUCCUUGCAUUGACCUGGCCAGGGGAUACAACCAAGGGCCGCCGGCGCCCGCCUUGCUGCCUACCUCGGCCGCGCCCAAGGGAGGUCGGGGCCUUCAUUCCCAUCCGGAUGCCGCCCGGCCCAAAGUGGCUGGGCUCCCGGCCUUUUCCAGACGGCGCACGCAGCUUGGGCCUCAGGACCGGAAGCCGGAUGACGCUGCCGGGUUCAACUUGAACAGCGUGAAUUUCAUGCCCAUCGGGCUGCGCCGGCGCCGGCCCCCGACCGGACCCCGACCCCAUCGCCGACCGGGCAAAGCUUGGCUGGGCGCGCCGGCCGCGGGCGCUAGCGGUGCCGUAGACUUGGUAUAUUCCCCAGAAAUUCCGGGCGGACAAAGAUCGCGGGCGCGACUAGCUAGGGGAGGAAGGGUUGAGUUUUGAGGAGGUCGCUGCGGAGUUCCACUUCAGCACGCAGAAGGAAGGUAUGAAAGAAGCAGGGGGCGGCAUGCAAUGGCGGCCGGCGGGCAUGGGGCCUGCCUCCUUACUUUGCCCGGUUGCGCUGCCCGGCUUCAAGGAGUGUCCCCGCCGCGGCUAGGCCUAGGCGGAAAACUACGCCUACAGUAGGGAAAGAACGCGAGCAGUGGCGAAGGAAGAGGCGAAAAGAGAGGAGGUUGGCGCGUUCAUCAGCGGAGGAGCCGGGCCGCCCAGUAGGCGGGCCCGCGCAAAGGGAAGAAAAGCCAAACGGCCGGCGACUCUCUCCGGGCCGCCCCGUGUUCUCAGCGAGCGAGCA